GGCACCAUCCAGCUUUUCCCUACUCAACCCUCUUCCCUCCUCCUCAACCCCAGCCCUUACGGUGUUCGACGACCGAGCAGUGGCUGGUGCUCUCCUCCGGGUCAGCACCGCAAAGUUACAGUGCUCCUUCUCCUCCGCCGCUCGCGGAGCAGAGGAUCGUGCCUCUCCCGGAGAAGGUCAAGAAGAGUCGCCGGGGACCGAGUCACCGGAGCUCACAGUAUUGCGGCGUCACGUUUUAUCGGAGGACCGGGAGAUGGGAAUCACAUAUUUGGCCCCCGGCUCUCUCUCUCUCUCUUCUAAUACGGGUUUCCUUCUGACUUGUACUACUGAAUUAUAGGGAUUGGAAGCGAUGGGUAUCGAAUUAUAGGGAUUGGAAGCGAUGGGUAUUGGAUUCGAAGCGAUGGAGCGAUGGGUAUUGGAUUCGAAGCGAGACAAUGGGUACUGGAUCAUCAAUUAGGCGGUAUAAAUUCUGGGUUUGGUGUUCUAAUCCAAACAGUUCGAUCAUCAAUUCUGGGUUAAUGGAUACCCAGAAUUGUACGAGCUUGGGCAAUCAACUAAUAAGUGAUUCCGAGGACUUACAAGGUAAAGAGCAGUGUGAUGAUUCUCAUUGUGAGCCUACUGAUGAUUUCCAUGUAGUGAAUGAAAUUGAAAACAAUGAAGAGGCAAUUGAAGAGGUCAUACUUGGAAAAGAGUUUAUAGAUGUUGAGAGUGCAUAUAAGUUCUAUAAGAAUUAUGGUGGCAAACAUGGAUUCAAUGUGAGGAUAAGAAACAGUAGAAAAAACAAUGAGAAUUUUGUGACAUGGGUGCGUUAUUGUUGUGCAAAAGAACGUUUUCGAGAAAAGGACAAGCGUCGUACAAAUGCAUCUUAUUCUCAACUAGUUACAAGAUGUGGUUGUCAAGCGCAUCUGACCAUCCUACUGCAGAAGAAUGGAAAUUUCCAAGUUAUAAUUUUGAUGAAUUACAUCUAUUUUGAAACCAUUUGUAGGAAUUUGAAAGCAUUUUGGUCAGUUCAGAAACACACCAAAAUAGUGAACAUGAUGUUCAACUAUCUGGUGUUUUGACUCAAGAUGGGAGAUUGGAACUUGGGACCUCGGAUGGAGGGUGAACGCUGAGUAGUGAAAAAUCACAGUAUGAUGAAGACUAAUGGGGUUGCUUUCUUUGCUGUCAAUAGAAGAUUCAGUCAACAGCUGAUAUUUCAAAGUUUAAGUUAUUUUGGUUUUUGGUAUGGUAUCAUGGGAAGAUGUCAAUAUUCCUAUCUAUGUAUAAAG